UCUUGAGAUAAAAGCUUCUUGUUAUUAUCUUUUAAAAUAACAAAGGAUUCAUUAUUGUAGUGGUUUGGAGUAUUUACGCUCUCAUGUAAGAUUUUGGAUUCGAGUCCUAGCAUUUGUGUUGUGUGUGUGUUUAAUAUGCUAUUGUCCCUUUCAAUAGGAAAGAUCCUCAAAAAAUAAAUAAAAAUAAUAAUAUAUAUAUAAAAGAAAAAAAACUAAGAGUAGGACAUUUUUUGAGUGUCAAUUCACAUUCUAAUAUGCAGGGCUUAUAUUUGAAGUGAUUAAAAAUAUUUAUUCUGCUGCAGAGGUAGUUCAUCCCUCCCCAACUUGUAUCACUCCCCCCAAAAAAAAAAAUUCUAAUAUAACCUCCUCCUCCUGGCAGACCAAUUUUGAAUGGUGUCCCUUAUUUCUAAAAUCCCUAAAAUUGCGAAGUCGGAGACUGAGACUUUGGAGCAAAAGAAAAAAAGAGUCGGAGACAGAACCGUUCGGCAACAAAAAUAUCGUAAGGCAGACCCUCAACCAGAAGGCAGCAGCAGUAUGAGAUAAAUUUACAGAGGAAGCUCCGAGUCUUGUUCAGUAGAGAGGCGUUGCCGCAUAUCCAUCAAAAUCUCUGAGGCUUGGAAUCUCAUCGAAAUGCUCAUGACCCGUUUGCAAAAACUCACAACAGCAUCUGUUUUGAAAUGGGUUUCUUCUAGUUUUGCUGAAAACCACCUUAGAUUAUCAAGAACCCCACUUAAGCCAAUUUUCCCCAAUGUCCAAACCCUUAGGCUUUACAGUUCAAGAAGAGGUCUUGAAACUGAAAAUUCUGUAAACUUGGAGAACACUCUGACGUCCAAUGGAGAAAAUGCUGCUCGAAUUUCUCGAGUUAUUAUAAAAGAAGCACAGGCUGCGUUGUUGGAUUAUUUGCAUUGUACUAGAGGCUUGCAGUUCAUGGAUGCAGAAAAUAUGAGUAAAAACUCGCCACAUUUUCUUGAGAAGCUGUUGAGAAGGGUGGAUAAUGAAAAUGAAGAUGAAGUUGGGUGGUCAAUUGCCCGGCACUUGAGGUAUCACCCUAUUAAUGAGUUUGAACCUUUCUUUGAGAGCUUGGGCUUAAAACCUUCUGAGUAUGUUCCUUAUCUUCCUCGUAGUUUGAUGUUCUUGACUGAUGAUGGUUUGUUGCUUCAUAAUUAUACUGUUUUGUGUCGUUAUGGGAUUGCACGCAAUAAGAUAGGAAAGAUUUAUAAAGAGGCAAUAGAAGUCUUUCAAUAUGAUUUUGAGGUUUUGCCAUCAAAACUUCAGGCUUAUGAAGAACUAGGUAUCAGCCAAUCUGCUUUGAUUAAGUUUAUUGUUGCUAGUCCUUAUCUUUUAAUUGGGGAUGUGAAUGCUGCAUUUGUUGAGGUAUUGGAAAUAUUGAAGAGUUCUGGAUUUGAAACCUGUUGGAUUGAGGAGAAUUUGUUGGAAGAACAUUCUUAUAAUUGGAGCCGGAUGCUUGAAGUUCUACAUUGGUUUAGUGAGAAGGGUUGCAGUGAUGAGCAGUUGGGUGUACUAAUUGGUCAGCACCCAGAUAUUUUAUUUGAGGGAUCAGGGAGAACAACAUUUUCACUAAUUGGAUUCUUAUUGAAAUUUGGAUUCACUAUGAGCCAGAUAUAUUCAAUGUUUCUGCAGUUUCCAAAAAUUCAAGUUAUGAAAUUUGUUUUGAAUUUGAGGAAUUGCUUUUUGGUCUUUAAUAAGAUUGAGAUGGAGGUUGCAGAGAUCGGGAAGAUUAUCCGUUCUCACCCCCUGUUACUGGGUUCAAUUGCUAUAAAAAAAACCAACACCUUACUUACUGGAUUGAACGUCGGAAAGAAGCGCCUGUCUAGGUACAUACAGGAGAACCCAGAAGAAUUGAAGAAUUUGGUUUUGGGUAGAAGAGUUGAGCCACUUCCAGCAGCCGAAGAGGACCAAAUAUCAAAGGCACAGAAGCUUGAGUUCUUGUUAGACAAAGGUUUUGUAGAGAACUCAAACAAAAUGACAGCAGCACUAAAGGUAUUUCGAGGCAAAGGAACCGAGCUUAAAGAAAGAUUUGAUUGCAUUGUGAAUGCUGGUUUGGAUCGCAAGGAUGUCUGUAAAAUGAUUGAAGUAUCCCCGCAAAUACUUAACCUGAAAAAGGGUGUGAUAGAAAAGAAGAUUGAUUUUCUUGUAAAUCAUUUGGGUUACCCCAUAUCAUCUUUGGCGUCCUUUCCAUCAUAUCUUUCCUAUAGAACUGAAAGGGUCAAGUUUAGGGUAUUCAUGUACAAUUGGCUCGAAGGUCAAGGAGUGGUAGGCCCUAGGCCUGCUUUGAGCACUAUUGUUGCAAUGUCAGAUGCUAAAUUUUUGAAGGUAUAUGUAAAUCAUCAUCCUACUGGUCCUCAAGUUUGGAAGGAUUUCAAGAGUAAAUUUUAUUCCUAGUAUUAAAAUAUUGUGUUCUUCUCCUGGUAAGGUUCUGCAUUGCUGGGUGAUCCCAAGUUGGUACCAAUAUACUUGGUCCUUUUUCUUUUACAUGCUGAGAUUUUUAUUGAGCAUUAACAGUUUUCAGGUGAUAUGGCACAUAAGAACAAGCACAGGCAAAAUAGAAUUAAGACCAGGUUGUUUGAAGUGUGUGUUGUGUAUAUAUUUAGGAUUGACCAUCCGUUAAGCAUAAUGUUAAAUGUUAAAGUUGCGUCCAACAGAAACAAUGGGUAAAGUUAGAGGAUUUUAUGUAUUUAGAUACAAGUCCUAUGCUCUGUUCUCAAGAACCCCCUCAAGUGUGAUCCCAGUGAAACAAAAAUGUGUUUCAAUAAUAUCGUGACAUGGAGCACGUUUGGUCAAACUAGGCCUCGCAGAUAAAUUAUCAUUGGGGUACAAUGUUAAAGCUGGAGAAGCUGACCCAAAAGCAAUUGGCAAUAAGUGUAUAUGCUGGGGAUUUUGUAUAUGUGGUGUUAAGAAUGCUUGAUACAUGCUGGGGAUUCAAUGAUUCCAUCAUGUUUGCAUUUUGCAGUGAUGAAAUGAUUUAGUAAUAUCAUCACUAUUAUAAUCCAAUUCUUCUCUUCGUUUUUCACAUACUGACAUUUGAGUUUUAAUUUAUGUGCAGAUUUUUCUUAGUUUUGUUAAUUUUGGUGCAUCUCCACUUUGCAUAUAGCAAAUUGUACUUUCACAUACUCAGUAAAACUGUUUUAACCUCACAAA